AUGUCUUCAGCGGGUAAAGGAGCAUAUGGUUCAUCUCCACCAAUACAUAAAAUGACUCAAUCAAGAGAGUCAUCAAUGGAACACAAUGAUCGUUAUACCUUUGGCUAUUCAUCCGAGCUUGCCAAUCAUGAAAGUACUGUAUCGACGGCGAAAAGAUUGAGACAACGACUUCAACGACAACAAAGUGGACAAUCUGGCUUAUCUGGUCGCCGCUAUACUGGUGAAAGCAGUGAUGGAUCAUCGAUUGUUGGAACACCAACAGACACAGGCCGUUCUUUUACUUUCACGGCCGUUCAUCGAAAUUUGAUCAAAGAGGACCGAAAGCCCUCGGUCACACAAAAUUUGAGUGAACAAAUGUUGGAAGCAAUUCACUAUGAGGAUAUGACAAUGGUGGAGCGACUCUUGGCCGCACAUAAUCUCAACAAGCCGCUAUCGACAUCGCCAUCGAUUGGCUCAACGAACACUCUCACUGAUUUGGCUCAAAGACGUCACGGGAAUAAUCAUCGGAGAUCGAACGCCAGCAGCACCGUUUCCACGCAUUCUGGCGGAAAAUCAACCUGUGCAGUGCUCAACACUCUCCACAUGGCUGUCGCCCACAAACAAAAGGAUAUCGCUGAACUGCUAUUGAAAAGUGGAUACGAUCCAAAUGCUACAGCGACGUGCCAUUGUAAAGGAAACUGUACAGCAAGUGGAAAUAUCCCGUUGACAACAAUUAUUCCAAGAACCCAUUCAAUGACUCCCGAGAUCUGCUCGAUUUGCACCCAACUCCGCGCGGUCACAAUCAUCGAUCAGACACCGUUGGGGGUGGCGGUGCGAGUGCAAAGUGCUGAACUCAUCGCUCUUCUUAUUGCAUAUGGAGCUGACGUGAAUCUAGGAGACGAUGAUGGGAAUACACCGUUACUCUUGGCUGCCCGAGAUUCUCCACUUAAUUGGACUUGUCUUCACACUUUGAUUUUCUUCGGGGCACAAAUUGAGAAGAAAAAUAUGCGAGGAAUUUGCCCACUCGAUCUAGCACCCGAAUUGAGAAGUUUGCAACAAACAUGUGUUGAAGAAUUGUUCAAGGUGGCUUGCUCUGGACAAGAAAAGGAGCAUUCGAGACUUGGGUUUUCUACUCCAAGAUCCGCUCACAAUCAUCGUUUGCAAGUGGAUAACGUGUCCCAAGGCGAGCGUCAUUCUCUGAACAAAGCUCCACUCUCUCCUCGUCCAUCAGCCGCUCCUUCAGUCUCAACUUGCUCACUACUCGAAACUGUAACCGCAAAAGAAACAGCGAGACGCAAAUCACUGGUCUCCCUUCAGUUGCAGAGAAAAAAUCGGGGAACGAAAGACAAUAGAGAUCUGGCGGCAGCUGCAAGGAGAUGCUUUGCACAUCAUAGAAAUGCUCUUGAUCCGGUGAUCGAUAAUGUGAGCUGGGAACAAGCGUGGGAGCUCCUCAAAAAGAUGGCCUCAAAUCCCGAAUGCUUAGAAGUGAUUCAGAACUCUUUGAUCAAGUGUGCGAAAGAGCUCGAGAAUGUCUCACAAAAUGUCGACCAUGAGGCUUUUGAAUCACAUUUAGGCGGAUUACUUCACAAAUUAAUCCUGACAGCUAUCGAGUUCUACGAUUCAGCCACGCCGACCUACAAGAAAACCCGAAAACAACAGCUUAUUUCUAUUUUGGCUUCUUUGUCAAAAUUCUGCUUUCAAUUCUUGCAGAUCACUGGCACUGUGAGACAAUUCUCUGCAUUGAGCACUUUAAAUAAGAUCAUUGAUGCCGGUUUGGUCUACGAGUUGUUCACUCAGCCCGAUAUUUCAUUCGUUUCUUCAAAGUUAUUGAAUCGAACUCAUGCCUUUGACUCGGAUUCCCCGGAAAGUCCAAUGGAAAGUCCAUUCAUGUCUCAAGGAGAUCAUUGUUCAACUGUCGAUCAUGUCUACAUCUAUACAACAAGAGAUGGAGCCGCUUCUCCGAAUCCACCAAUGGCUCAACCCGAUGCUCUCAUUCAGUCCUUUCAUGAUUCAUGUCCUAGUCAAGUCUUAAUGUGUCUCCACAAUGCGAUCACUUUGGGGAAUCGUGAGGCAGGAACUCGCUCUGUCUGCAGUCCCGCUCAUCGAUGGAGAUAUUGUAGUGCUCAUUGUACCCAGAUCUUAAUCGCUCGUUUGCUGCUUUUUCUCACUCACAUGUUGAACUUUCGGCAACGGUUGAGUUCAAGGAAGAACUUGAAAAAUCUCAUGCAAUUAUUGGAACCAACUCUGGAGCCGCAACUUCUUUGUCUGCUCCUUCAAUGUGUGGCCCUUGUGGCGUUGGAUUCAUCAACUCAUCCAGUCUUUCUCGAUCUUCAAAUUGACGAUGUUCUAAUGCAAAUGUUAUUGCCAGCUGAUGAUUGGUAUUACACGAAUCAUUCCACCAAGUUUGGCCACUUUGUCAAAUACCAUGCCGCUCGGAUUCUCAUCUACGUGGGAAUGGGCGAAAGAGUGGGAAGUCGAGUGAAUAUCUUUCACAUGCUUGCUGCUACUGAAAAACUCGAGAAACCGGAUGCAAAAGAGCCAAAAGAGGUGAAAGAGCUUCGAGCAACCAAAUCGAAUUAUCCGAUUGAAGAUGAAUAUAUUUGUGCUACAUGUGCAACGCCUAGAAGCAUGGCUACAUUCAGCAAGAAUGCGAUGGGUGUCGAGGGUUUUAUGCUCAAAUUGUUACAUGAAGUCUCUGAGUUAGCAAAGAAUGCUCCAAAUCUUUCCGCAGCUCAGCCGAUUAAAGAAGAAGAUCCGAAAACCGAAUCCCCACCGCCUGAUGUUGAGAGACACACAUCAGUUUCACCGCUUGUCGAAGCACGGGCUGCCCAAGAACAACUCAACAAAACCACAUCAUUUCAACUAUUAUUCUCUCUGGAGUCUCUUGAAGCUCAUCUAUGCAAAUUGGGACUGGUUUUGGACAAUGUUCUCUUGUUAAGAUUACUCAUGCAUAAACUCACAUGGGAUCUCGGAUUGGUGGCAAAGAAGAAAGUUGUGCCUAAGGCAAUCGACUCAACUCCCCACAAAACAAUCACCGAUCCGAGAGCCACUUCAAGUCUCAGUCUUGGAGCUAACACUGGCUAUGUGAAGUCAAAAUCAUUUGAUCGACGGGAUGAUCUUCAGGGAAAAGAUAGAAAUUAUUUGCGAGUACACCAAGGAUCAAGAUCGUCAAAUAAAAGAGUUCACAUCCGAAGAUCGAGUUCUGUGGAGAUCAUUCGCCCAAAGCGUUUCAGUUCCGGAGCCAAGGACUUGAAGGAUAAAGAACGAAGGAAAAGGUUGGGUACUGAUACAAGCAGUGGAUCGAAUCGAUCAAAGAAGACAACCUCGUCGAGCUCUUCUGUACAAAAACACCUCCCUAAAUAUAUCCAAUCGCUUUUUCGCGGAAGAAUGGGAACCGAUCCAUGCAAGAGACACUCAAGACCCUCGGGAGACUCAAGCCCGGAAAGUCCAUCAUCUGGCUCGGAUCCAGUGCUGGAGUUCACGAAGAAACUCCAAAACUAUCCACCCACGAAAAGGGAAGAAAUGAAGCAAGCUUACAGAAGCAGCUUCCGACAACAGCAAGACUCGUCAGCUGACAGUAAUCCGUCAGCUCCACCAAAACCCCCACGAGUCAUCCCAUACACAUAUUUGCCAGAACUCGAAGUUUCUGGGGCUAGUCCACCCAGAACGCCAGCCAAUGGCUCAAAAGAUGAUGGUCUCAAUCCCCCAUCCCUUUUUGAUCGGCGACCCAGCAGUCCAUUGGCCAUUCCCGGAGUUCCGCAAAUCGAGAUCAGACGCCCAUCGGCAAUGUCCCAAUUUGAGUUUGGCUACUUUGUGAAUUCACCAGAUAGAAGUGGUAGUGAAGCGUCGGAUUGUGCACCGCUUCUUGUCGCCGGACAAGCCGCAAGCAAUAAAGAUGCUGAUGGGAGCAGAAAGAGUUCGGAAGAGUCAUCAAUGGGUGAUUGGUCCUCUCGUGCAUCUUCGGUGAUUUCCCAAAGAAGUUCCCGUUCUUCGGCCGGUCUUCGAUUGUCCACUUUCAGUGCUGGAACGAGUAUCGCCUCGGACAACUCGGGACCAUUUCUUUUUAGCUUUGUUAUAAGGAAACGAGCUUCAACAAUUGGCACCCGAAUUCCUUUGCCGAAACGAGUUGGCUCGAGGAGUAGUGGGGAUUCUUUGAGAGUUCCUGACAGAGAGAGCCCCUUGUUGCUGUCGAUGAGCGAAAUGAACCCCGAUUUUCAAUGUGUUCGACAAUUGAUCGUCACAUUGUUGAAUGUGCAUACAAAAGAAAACGAUAAUGUGAUGGCAACAAUGAAAGAAUGCUCCCAAGUACUUCGACAAAUUCUCAACUCUCCUCAACAUCCGACUGUCAAAAAUUGGUGUGCUGAUAUAAUCCAAGUCGUCUCGACAUCCGUUGAACACAUGGAGAAUCAAGAAAAAGAGACACAACAUGAAGCAAUCAAUGAUGAAUAUCUUGAGGUGCAAGAUCAAGUGAUUUCCGGUGGAUUACCGUGCCCAAAAGAAGAAGCCGCUUAUCUUGCAGCAAUCCAGUUAUGCGUUGAGGAACAAUGGCCACACAAUAAGAGAACGCAAACGAUUAGGAGACAUUUGCUGAAAGGACAAUUUGGUAGAAUUCGAGAUCUAGCGUUGAAGAUCAUGAUCACUCCAUGGGAAGUCGAUCAGAGUCUAUAUUGCACUCCACCUAGAACUCAAUCUGAUGCGGCUAGGAACGAGUUAGAAGUAGUGAAUGCGGUUAUGUCGAGAAAAGGAGCUCAUCCACAAAGAGGAAACAGUGAUGACAGUGCAACGAGAAGGGGCAUUUUACUGAGAUGUAUCCCGCACAGUGACACGAGAAUGAGCGACGAGUUGCAAGCCCUCUGCCUUCCCAUUGAUUUGAGGGGUGAUCGAAGAACGUUAAAGUUUGUUCGGGAUCGUAAACGAAAACUUUUCCAUUCUCAAGUCUAUGAGAGUGAAGUGGGAAUGAAGAAACUCUACAUUCAGGUGCAAAAUCCACCAAAACGAACAAAGGUUUUAAAUUUCAGAUUGCCAAAAAAGCUGGCUGCUUUCGGGUGCAAAGUUUUUCAAGUCAAAGAAGUUUUACACGGGAGAACGUUGAGAAAAACUUUACGACUUCUGUGUUUGAGUAGCACAUCACUGUGUCUUCUGGAUGGAAUCAGCAAAUUGGUGCUGAAGAAGCAACAUGCAAAUACUCUGCAACAAUGGAGAGUCGGUGGAGGUGUCUCAAAACAUCAGAUACUUUUGGAGUUUCGUGGCAAUAAAUGGCAGUUGAUUGCUCCCUCAUUCAACUCUCUCAAAUCGAUCUCAAUGACCCUUUGGGAAAUCCAGCAGAAUCGUGUCAGCAACUCUAUCCAAAAAUCGCUGAAUACAGGACAUCGAAGAAGUAUUUGUGCAAGUACAGCCACCUCUCGAUCCGGCUCUACAAUCUCUAGGACAUCACAAAUUCUGAGUGGAAACUUCUCUCUUGAACCAGUGACACUGUUUCGAUUAGAGCUAGAGCGACUACAGUACAUUCUUCAUUUUCCUGAAGAAGUCGCUUACCAACUCUCACAUACUGAAUAUCAACUCUUCUAUGGAAUUCAACCAAUGGACUAUGUUCGAUAUGUGAUCUGUGACCAAACUGGAAUCUCCGUGUUGGAGAACUCGAGUCCUGUGAGGAGUCUUGUGAAAAGGCUCAGUGAGGUUUCCUCCUGGAUUACGCAUGUGAUCGUCUCUCAACCCACUCAUGAUGAUCGAAAGAUUGCUCUUGCUUCCAUAUUGAGAAUUAUCGAAACAUGUUGGCAAAUCGGAAACUUCAACGCAGCAGUCGAGAUCUUGACCGGGCUCAGCAAUGAGAAACUCGGGCCUUUUUGGUUGAGUUUGAGACCCGACGAGAAACAGAAAUAUGAGGAGUUCUGUGACAUCAUGUUACCGGAUAAAGUGAAGGGAAAUCCCUCAAAGCAAUACAUCCAAGCAGUACAGAGGGCUCUGCGAAUGCCUCAAUGCAGAAUUAUUCCCUUCUUUGGAAUGUUUUUGCGUGAUCUCUAUUCGAUCAGCAACGAGAUGUCCCAUAUUGUUCUGAUUGGUCAUGAGGGGAACAAAGAGAGAUUAGAGUUUGUGACGGAUUCGAAUGGCGAGGGAUCACUUCUCAUCAAAAAUCGGUUUGCCAUUAUUCUCGACAAUAUGGAGAUAUUUCAUCGGCAUAGCCGGAACAUGAUGAAUUACUUGGAAGAUGCUUGCCACAAUAAACCUGAAGUUCAACCGGAGAUCAAAGGUUAUGAACCAGUUCAACCAGCUUCCGGCUCUGGACAUGGAGUGACAAUGAUUCCCUUGGACACAAACAGAUUCGAUCUUGACAUCAUCCAACGGCUCCAACAUGGAACUACAGUGAUUCAUUAUGAUGCCGACUCAGGUCGAUCGGUGCUUUGUGUUCUUCGAUUGGACUCAUCUUGUGGAAGUCUUCAAUGGAGCAAAGUGCAUGGGAUUGGAAAUAGGGAUAGCUUUAAGAUGAAGGAUCCAUUAACUACAUCAACACCAAGUGUUCCCACGACGAAUCUUGAAAGCACGAGAUCUCCUCUGCCAGGAAGUGGUCCACGUUUGUCAGAAGAAGGCGAGCUUCGGCUCAAUCACGUUAAAGCGAUCGAACAAAUGGACAGCUAUGGGGUGGAUAUUGAAGCAAUCUAUCGUCGCCAUUCCUGUGAAGAGAUGUCUGUGCCUGUACAAUGUUGGAAGGUCUCCUAUGGACAAGUUUUGCCAGAGAACGAAUGUCUCUAUUUCUUGGCUCCUCAACACAUUGCACAAUAUUGGAUUCACGGAUUGCAAAGAGUGGUUGAGGCUCUACACAUUCAACAGAAGAAUCCGGAUAGAAGGAUGCUUUGGUUGAAGAAUCUUUUUCUUCAACUUUACAGGGAAAGCCAAGCGGAUGCCGAGAAUUGUGGUCGUUCGCUUGGUCCUCGCCCCCUUCGAUGCCUUGCAAGCAUUUGGUGGACGUUUCCCGGAAUUCCCCAAAACACUCCAUGUGCAAGCCGAGCGGAAAACUCGAACUCAAACAGUGAUCUUGGAGGAACGAGAAAUAGAUUGAUCAACUUCAAAAAUGCUAUGAAAAUCAAGCUGCGUGGAACGUCGAGAGAUGCGAGUCGAUCACAAAGCCCUCAACCGCAGAGUCCUUUGGUCCGUCCACCAUCAAUCAAAUCCCAGAUGUCAUGUCAAUCCGGUCCAGCCGGUCCCAAUUCUCCCGGCUAUUACCUGAAACCGAGAGGAGAAACUGCGCUGAGCGAUACAGGAGAUCUCGACAGUAUCUACACCCCUCGAAGUCGCACCCCAACAAGCUCAAGUCAUGGAGGAUCGUUCUUUGCCGGAAUUGACAGCAUUUCGGCGAGAAGCAGAACACCGACAAGUUACAGUCAUGGAGGUCGAUCGGUGGGUGGACGAUCGACGAAAUCGUGGAGAUCGCGGGGUGGAGAGACACCGAAUUCGGGGAGUAUCUCGAGCAGUGGACAGAUCUCGAGUCUAAAUGGACCAUCAGGGAAAGAAUAUCAAGAAAAACCCUUGUCACUGCUCGAAUUCACCGAACUUUUCCGAUUGUUCAACACUCGAAUGAGGAAAGAUUUGAAGGAUGUUUUCCAUGAGAUUGUCCAAUCAACCCCAUCACAUUCGCAUGCACAGAAAAGUGCAAGAGACAGAGGAUCGCCUCGAAUGCAAAGCCGACUCGAUUCUGGGGCACCCGUGCAGGAAUUUCUGCCUAUUGACUUCUUGACUCGAAAUGUCGCCCUUCAGACUCUUGGUUUGAGUGAAAAACAAAACAAGAUCUACAAUGCUUUGGCAAUUGCUAGCGUUAACAGCCUUACAAUGGGCGGAAUGGACACAUCGCGAUCAGCCCAUCUCACUCCAUCAAUGGUCAAACAAUUUCUCGCCACUCAUCAAAUGCUUGUCGUUGAUGAGAGCUACUGUAUUCAGAUUAUUAUGGAACACGAACCAGACCCUCAUUGUCGUCAGAAACAACUCCUCUCUUUUGAAGGCUUUGUUCGAUGGUUAACCGAUCCCUCCAAUUUUGCUUUUGUGCCCGAAAAUGUUGAUCCAGAUGAAAGUCAACUCAACUAUCCACUUUCUUACUAUUACAUAAACUCAUCGCAUAACACUUAUUUGACGGGUCAUCAAUUGAAAGGAGAAAGUAGUGCGGAAAUGUAUCGACAGGUGUUAUUGACGGGUUGCCGGUGUGUCGAAUUAGAUUGUUGGGAUGGAGACAAUGGACUUCCAUUGAUCUACCAUGGACACACAUUCACAAGCAAGAUUGGAUUCAGAAGGGUUGUCGAAAUCAUCAAGCACUCAGCCUUUGUCACCUCCGAUCUUCCAGUCAUUCUUUCAAUCGAAAAUCAUUGCUCUGUUCAAGUGCAAGCAAAAAUGGCACAAAUGUUCAAGACAAUCCUUGGAGAUCGUCUUGUCACCUCAUUCCUUUUUGACUCGGAUUUCACCGAUGCUCCAAAGCUUCCUUCACCUCUACAAUUGCGCGGAAAGAUCCUGAUCAAGAACAAGAAAAUGAUCUCCGAGCCAUCUGUGGGGCUUGCUGAGACGAGAUCUCUUUGCCGAGCUGUCACUGAUAUGCAAUUGUCGAGAAAAAUCAGCAAGAACAGCUAUGAGAGCAGCACAGCUGAAGAAGCGGAAGACGAUGAUUUGGAUGAUUACAUGGAUGAUGAAGAUCAGGAUGAUGAUGAUGAUUCACCAAAAAUGAUGAGAGGCGGAAAACGAAGAAUUUCAAAGCCCGACUCGAUUAGCAGUGAUCAUUCCGAAGAGAGGAAAGGAGCUGAAACAACAACUGGAUCAUAUGACACCUCAAGGGAUGUAGAGGACGCGUUUUCCGUUUCGAUUUUAGCCCUAUCACUGGCAACAGAAAGACCAAGAGGAAGACAAGGAUUGUUGGCUCCGGAAUUGAGUGAUAUUGUCAUUUACACUCAAGCAAUCAAAUUCAAGGGCUUUCCGACGACGGAUUGGACAAGAAAUCCAGAAACGGAUCUGUUCUCUCAUGGUUUCCCUCCACCAUCCCUUUCCGUAUCAACGAAUCGAAGCCGUUGCAGUACAAAUCUCCUCUCAACUCCUUCACCAUUGAGAAGACAAAGAAGUUCAAGCCACAUAUCUGAAGGACCUGAAUCGUCACCAGGUAGUGAUCAUGGAUCAAUCAGAAGAGCCAAUGCUGGAGCAUCUUGUUAUCAAGUGACAAGCUUGAAUGAGACUCAAGCUCGAAAGUUGUGCCGUAAACAUCCGCUAAAGCUCAUUCAAUACACCAAGGAUCAUUUGAUGAGAACAUAUCCGGGAGCAAUGAGAAUCGACAGUUCAAACUUUCAACCACUUCUCUAUUGGGGCUUUGGACUGCAAAUGGCAGCGUUGAAUUUUCAAACGACCGAUGUGAUGAUGGCACUGAAUGCAGCCAUGUUUGAGCAGACUGGGAAUUGCGGUUACACUCUGAAGCCUCGCGUGCUCUGGGAUGAAACGCAUCCCCUCUACCGAAAGUUCAAUCCACUCUCGAAAGAUCUCUCGAAUCAAUCGGCUCUCAUUCUCACUUUGACAGUAAUGUCUGGUCAAUACGUGUUCCCGCAUGCCCAUUCCGGUUCGCCAUUCAUUGAGAUUGAACUUAUUGGAUUACCGGCCGAUUGUCAGAAGGAGAAGAGUAAAGUCGUGCAAAGAAAUGCGGUAAAUCCUUGCUGGAAUCACACCGUACAAUUUCGAAUUGUGUUCGUUGAAUUGGCCUUUCUGAGGAUUGCCGUUUGUGAUUCGAAUAUGAAUGGACGAGUGGUGGCACAAAGAGUGGUUCCUGUACGCUGUCUUCGUCCUGGAUACAGACAUCUCCCAUUGAGAACACCCGCUAAUCAGCCAACAGAGAACGGCUCCCUCUUCAUCAGAUCAAGAUUUGAGCAAGAGGAGCACAUCUAUCUCCAUGAAGAAGACAUUCAACAAGCCACCAGCAAUUUCGAUCACUCAUUGGCUUACCAAUUUGACACUAUGCCAAGCAGUGUCUGUAAACCGAUGCCAAUCUUGAAGAAACAAAUCUUUGUGCUGAGAAUCUCGGGGAUUGUUUCUGAUGAUCAGACGGUGGUUGUACAUGGAGAAAGUGGGAGCACUGUGAAGAGUAUCAUACAACAGGCUCUGGUGAAUGCGGGCAAGAAUGGAGAUCAAGUUGAAGAUUAUGUCCUCAUUGAGGAGAGUCUCAAAUUCGGAGAGUAUGAUGAUGGAGAGAAUCAGAGAUUCCGAGUUCUUCCACCAAACGAGCCAAUCAUGGAUGCGGUAGCCCUUUGGAAUGGAGUACAAAGGAGAUUCUUAGUCCGGAGAAAAGGAUCGGAUCCAUCAUCAAGAGCCUGGAUCACAUCAAUCAUCAAGAGUACACCGAGUACGAACAAUGGAAAUAAUGGAAAUGGAAACGGAACACCACAAGUCACCACAAACGUACCCAUUUUUGAGAGAGUCCCUGAGGUGGUGACCCAUGCGAUGAAAUCCCAAUCCUCAACCCAAAUCCAUGGAAGAAGUUUGGACGUUGAUUCAGCUGGAGGAGAUUUGGAGCCUGGAGGCAUGCAUCCAAGAGCUCGAUCGAUGGGUGACACUUUCCUCGUGUGUGUUCACAACGUCUCCGAUGAACAACCAUACGCGAUUCUUCGGGCAUCCGUCAAUAGCUCGGCAAAAGAUAUCAUCAAACAAGUUUUCCUGAAAGCUCGUCGCUUGGACGAGAAUGAAGGAGAUUUCGUGUUGGUUGAGGAGCUCAACGAUAGUCAACAACAAGGAUCGAGUAGUGGAUUGAGUCAGCCUUCAAGCUCAACAAGUACUGUCCUCUCAGCGCUUCGAGAUGUCUCAUUGACAAGAAAACGAAGUCAAGAACUGACCAGCAAGAAUGGAGUCACAACUCGUGUCCUUCGACCCGAUGAAAAUGUUUUCAAGGUGCAAUCAAGAUGGAAAAACUUUGCGCGUUUUGUUUUGGAAAGGAAACGAAUCUCGCACGGUUGCAUGAGUUCUUUGGAGAAAGUUGCACAGGUUGGUGUAAUGUCAAGUGCUCACGGCUCUCCGACAGUCUCAAUGGCCUCAAUGCUUCAACACUCACAGCUAGCAGCCACGAAGAAAACUGAACAGACAAGUCGAAAGAUCUCGCUCGCCUCGAUGAGAUCCGUUCCACGAAGACUCUCUCGGUUCGGGAAAAGUCUCACAAUGGACGCUGGAAAUAAA